AUGGCAGCUCGGAAUGGUCUGCCGGGGAAGACCCCGAAACAAAUCAACAGAAAUGCAGGAGAGAGAGUUACCUGCGUUUUCCCUGUACACUCUUUGAAUUUUCCAAUCCAGGACACGACGAAGGCGUUGGUUGAAAAGUGGACAGUAGAGAAUGAUCGGGGCAACCCGGAGGCAAAGGUUUUACUUGAAGCAGCAGAAGAACUGCGCACGAGCGAUAUACCGGUGGCAUUCCCUACGGAGACUGUGUAUGGAUUAGGUGCGGAUGCGACACGGAGCGCUGCAGUUCAGGGUAUCUACAAAGCAAAACAGCGGCCGUCAGACAAUCCCCUCAUCGUCCACGUGAGCUCAAGGGAGCAAUUACAGCGUCUCCUUCAACCGCAUUCUAGCAGCCCAAGUCAAGGGGGCUACGGUUCAAGAACGGAGGGAUCCCAACAAGGAGGAAAAAGGAAUUUCAUCCCACCAAUAUACGAGCCUUUAAUAAGUAAAUUUUGGCCUGGCCCGUUGACUAUUAUCCUCCCAAACCCAACACCCUCCCCACUCGCCCCAGAGGUCACAUCUACACUUCGCACAUUUGGCGUUCGAAUGCCAUCGUCUCCAGUUGCCCGACUUCUCAUCUAUCUCGCCGAUAGGCCACUUGCCGCACCGUCUGCAAAUGCUUCGACCAAACCAUCCCCCACCACUGCUCAACAUGUAUAUGCCGAUCUGCAAGGGCGAAUUAAUAUGAUCUUGGAUGGAGGCCCGUGCGGCGUUGGGGUGGAAAGCACUGUGGUCGACGGGCUACUAUAUCCACCAGCCGUACUCCGGCCGGGAGGAAUUGGUAUCGAAGAGAUCCGAGCCUGCCCUGGUUGGGAGGAUGUUCAGAUUGGCUAUGAAGAUGGCGCAUUGCAGGGUAAAGAGGUUCCGCGGGCCCCCGGGAUGAAAUAUAAACAUUAUUCGCCAAAGGCGAAGGUUGUGCUAUUCGAAGCAGGACAGGACGUCGAGACUGUUAAAAGUAAACUGCUUCGUGAUCUAUCCGUCGCUGCGGGCCGUGAGGGACAUGGUGGGGAAAAGAUCACGUCCUCCAUCCCCCGCGUAGGGAUCGUCAGGUCAAAGCUCUGGAAGAUGGGAUUGGGCAUCACAGGUACUGAUUGUGAUAUCAGCGAUGGAGCAACUGGUUCUGGAGCAUCGAGUAUUUCCAAUACCUUUACAGAUCCUCUCGAUUCCUCUUCACCUGUUACUCUCUAUCAUCCCACUUGUCUACGACUCGUCCCGUCCGCAGAUCUAGAUGUGGGGACCCCAAUCGAACUAUUCGACAUCGACAUUGGCCCAGACACAGACUCUAUUGCAAGAGGCUUAUUUUCUGCUCUUCGCGGUUUAGACGAGAAGAAUGUCUCCAUUAUAUAUGUUGAGGGCAUCUCUGAUACUGAAGGCGAUCUCGCAGCUGCAAUUAUGAACCGGUUGCGAAAAGCAGCUGAGGAAGAGAUUCGAGGAUAA